UUUAUGAAUUCUAGAGGUCUGAAGUAAUCUCUAUUAAAAUUUAAAAGUGGAACUUGAGGUUAUUAAGUAUCAAUAUUAAUUAUUAUUAGCAUGUACUUUGCAGCUAUGUUUUUAGUUAUUUAGUAGCCAGUGGUUUGUAAGUUUAAACUGUUAGAUAAUAUACAGACUUACAAACUUUUACUAAUCUUGUUAAAUACCGUAUGCAAAUCUUUGGCAUAUAUGAUAUAUAAAACAUUACCCUUCGACUUGAUCUUUGGUUGCUAUUGCCGGCCAACAGAAGGUGGUAUGUUAGCCAAUUGUACGUGCACAUUGGUUAAAGGUCCUAAAAACAUUAUUGUUGAUACUAUGACUCCGUGGGAUGGUAAGAAUUUAAUAAGUGCUAUUAAAAAACAUGGAAUCAAAUGUGAUGACAUUGAUUAUGUAGUUAGUACUCAUGGGCAUUCUGAUCAUGUGGGUAACAAUAACUUAUUUUUAAAUGCUAAACAUCUAGUAGGCCGAUGUAUUAGUUACAAACAGAUGUACUAUGAUGACAGUAAAUUUUUCAACAGUGAUGGUGUCUAUGAAAUUGAUGACAGUAUUCGAGUUAUCUCAACCCCUGGACAUACACUGACUGAUGUAUCUGUUGUCGUUCAAACCGCCAAAGAGACAAUUGCAAUUGUAGGCGACUUGUUUGAAAAUGAAGAUGAUAUAAUGGAUGAAUCUAUUUGGUUAAAUGCUGGUAGUGAAAAUCCGGAUUCACAGAAAAAAUAUAGAAAAGCUAUUAUGGAACAAGUGGAUUGGAUUAUACCAGGUCAUGGUGCUAUGUUUUCUACCAGGAAAUACAAAUGAACAAUAAUUAUUAAAUGUUUGAAACUAUUUAAAUAAUUUUAACUAUUACUGACACCAGAUUGGUAAUUUGCUUCUACACCUGAUCAUACCUGAUGACACCUAUAUACUUGGUUUAAAUGAAUCUCCUACAUACUACAUCUCACCAAAAUUGUUUGCGACUUUCAAUAUAGCUUUUUGACUGUCCGUCCUUAGACUCCAAACAUCUAAUUGUACUCUCGAUAUCCCUCUCCACCUUUUCUUCAUCCUCAACUCUAAUUCUGAAAUUGUUAUCAUAAAAAUAAUCACCUUUAAAUUGGAAACUGGUUUUGUCAUUUAAUUAUAUUAUUAUUUU